AUGACAAUUCUUGUCGGAAAGCCCCUGGACUGGGCCAUCACAGGAACAGCUGGCUCGGGAUUCCUCCUCUUCGGAUAUGACCAGGGUGUCAUGUCGGGCCUGUUGACAGGCACUGCCUUCACCAAAACCUUUCCCGAGAUUGACACUACAGAGGGCGGCAGUGGUAGUUCCUCUCUGCAGGGCACCGUAGUCGCCAUCUAUGAGAUCGGAUGCUUCUUUGGCGCCAUGUUCUGUCUCAUCUUUGGCGAGUACUUUGGUCGUCGCAAGUGUAUAAUGAUGGGUUGUGUUGUUCUCAGCAUUGGUGCCGCUCUCCAAGCUGCAUCUUUCGGAAUCCCUCAAAUGAUCGUUGGUCGUAUUGUAGCGGGUUUUGGAAACGGCAUGAACACCAGUACCAUUCCUGUCUGGCACUCUGAACUGAUGAAGGCUAACAACCGUGGUCGUGGUCUCGCCAUUGAACUCGCCAUCAACAUUUUCGGUGUCAUGCUCUCAUACUGGGUCGACUACGGCAUGUCCUUCGUUAGCAACGACGCUCAAUUCCGCUUCCCACUAGCUUUCCAGAUCUUUUUCGCCAUCCUGACUUUUAUCGGUAUUAUGCUCCUUCCCGAAUCGCCCCGUUGGCUCAUCAACCACGACCACCACGAUGAGGCGCGAGAGGUUCUUUGGGCUGUGCGCAAGAAUGCCAAGUCUAUCAGCAAAAACGACGCAUCCGUUAGCCGUGCUAUCGCUGAGAUUCAGCAUGCUAUUAAUGAGGAGCGCGAGGCUGCGCAGACGAGUAGUUUCAAGGCUAUGUGGAAGAAUGGAGAGCAAAAGUUCCUGUAUCGAACGAUGCUUGGUAUUGGUGGACAGUUCAUGCAGCAGCUUUCUGGCAUCAAUUUGAUUACAUACUACGCUCCUGUCAUCUUCCAAGAGUCAGUCGGCAUCUCACACAACCUGAGUCUACUUCUAGCUGGUUUCAACGGCGUCGCAUACUUCUUCUCUUCGUUGAUCCCGAUCUGGAUCAUUGACCGUCUUGGCCGCCGCAAGUUGAUGAUGUUUGCAGCAGCCGGUCAAGCAGUCUGCAUGGCUGUUUUAGCUGGAACUGUAUCGACUGGACAGCCAGGACCUGGUAUCGUCGCCAUUGUCAUGCUUUUCUUGUUCAACUUCUUCUUUGCUGUUGGAUUACUCGCAAUUCCCUGGCUGCUGCCCGCUGAAUAUGCUCCUCUGGCCAUCCGUACCCGCGCCGCCGCCUUAGCCACAGCUUCCAACUGGAUCUUUACCUUCCUCGUCGUCGAGAUCACACCCGUAUCCAUCAAGAGUAUUGGCUGGAAGACAUACGUCUACUUUUGCAUCUUCAACGCCUUCUUCGUUCCCCUCAUCUACUUCUUCUACCCCGAAACCCGACUCCUGUCUCUCGAGCAGAUCGACAAGCUCUUCACUGGUCCAAAGGUCUUGCUUCAUUGGGAACACAGCAUGGGUGUCCCUGGAGAGGCUUCUGAGAAGAGCUCUGGUGGUGAGACGGCUGAGAAAUUCGAAGCUGAGGUUCACAUGCGUGAGUAA